GUGCGCGUGCGCGGACGCUGUGGGAGCCGCCGCUAUGGUCUCUACGGCUCUUUCCGCGUCACGGAUGGCUCUCGUAUGGAGAGUAACAAGAUCAUCUCUUCUGAAUCAUUCGUUGAGGAAGAUGAGUUAUCAAGAAGGAAAGCCUGAGCCUGCGAAGCAAGCCCUCAAGAAGUCAAAGUUGCCAGUCGGUCGUUUUGACUCACCAGAGGACUCGUCUGAGGAGAGAGACCCACUGCAGAAGUUUCCAGAUGAUGUUAAUCCAGUCACCAAGGAAAAAGGUGGACCCAGGGGCCCAGAGCCUACCCGCUACGGAGACUGGGAACGGAAAGGACGCUGUAUUGACUUUUAAGUCUCGCAGUCUCACGACUGCAGAGUCACUUCCCGAAUCAUUUACUUCAUGUUGUUUUCUUUUUCUGUGUCCUUUAAGUGUGUAAUUUCCAUCUUAUGUUUUAAAAUGCAUGUGAUAGCUUUGAGGGGUAAAUACUGCUGUAGACAGAACGUGGAAACACUUUUCCAUUAGUGUGUUAACUUCAGCUUAAGUGUGUCAGGGCAGAGAGCCUGUGACGAGGGCUACAAGCCUUUGCUAUGAUUUUUUUAAAAUUUAUUUAAUCAGUUGCUUAUAAAAUAUACAUGUAAAUAAAUACCUUUUUAAGAUUUU